GUCACGUGACGGGCCCGGAAGCGGCGGCGGCGGCGCGGCGGAGCGCCACCAUGUCCAACCAACGCCUCCGCCGGGAGGACUACCAGGACUACAGUUCAACCGACGCCAGCCCCGAGGAGACCCCUUCGGAAGACCCAAGCUGUGCCGCCCCACCUGGCUCCUACCAACGCCUGGGGGGCACCCAGGGCACCACAUGGUUCCAGACCCUGAUCCACCUGCUGAAGGGCAACAUUGGCACUGGCCUCUUGGGGCUUCCGCUGGCCGUGAAGAAUGCCGGCAUCCUGGUGGGCCCCCUCAGCCUGCUGGUAAUGGGUGUGGUGGCCGUGCACUGCAUGGGGCUCCUGGUCAAGUGCGCCAACCACUUCUGCCACAGGCUUAACAAGCCCUUCGUGGACUACGGGGACGCGGUCAUGUACGGCCUGGAGUCCUGCCCCAGCCCCUGGCUUCAGAACCACGCCCACUGGGGCAGGCGCUUGGUGGACUUUUUCCUCGUCGUCACCCAGCUCGGGUUCUGCUGCGUCUACUUUGUCUUCUUGGCUGUCAACAUCAAGCAGGUGGUGGAGGCGGCCAACGCCACCAGCAGUGACUGCCACAGCAACGCCACGGUGGUGCUGACGCCGUCCAUGGACGCGCGGCUCUACAUGCUGGCCCUGCUGCCCUUCCUGGUGCUGCUGGUGUUCGUGCGCAGCCUGCGUGUGCUGGCCGUGCUGUCCACGCUGGCCAACGUCAGCAUGCUGCUCAGCCUUGUGCUCAUCUACCAGCGGCUGCUGCAGAGGAUCCCGGACCCCCGCGCCCUGCCCCUGGUGGCCUCGUGGAAGACGUACCCUCUCUUCUUCGGCACGGCCAUCUUCGCCUUCGAAGGCAUCGGCGUGGUGCUGCCCCUGGAGAAUAAGAUGAAGGAGCCGUGGCGGUUCCCGGCGCUGCUGUACGUGGGCAUGAGCCUCGUCACGGCCCUCUACAUCAGCCUCGGCUGCCUGGGCUACCUGCAGUUCGGGGCGGCCGUGCAGGCCAGCAUCACCCUCAACCUGCCCAGCUGCUGGCUGUACCAGGCGGUGAAGCUGCUCUACUCUUUCGGCAUCUUCUUCACGUUUGCGCUGCAGUUCUACGUCCCGGCCCAGAUCAUCGUCCCCUUCUUUGUGGCCCGCGUGUCCGAGGGCUGCGAGCUGGCCGUGGACUUGCUGGUGCGCACGGCGUUGGUCUGCCUCACCUGCGUCCUGGCCGUCCUCAUCCCCCGCCUGGACCUGGUCCUGGCCCUGGUGGGCUCGGUGAGCAGCAGCGCCCUGGCCCUCAUCAUCCCACCCCUGCUGGAGGUGGCCACCUUCUCCGCGGAGGGCCUGAGCCCCCUCACGCUCGCCAAGGACGUCCUCAUCAGCCUCCUGGGCCUCCUGGGCUUCGCGGUGGGCACCUACCAGUCGCUGGACGAGCUCAUCCAGCCCAGCCACGGCCCUGUCCUCAUCCACCCCAUUGGUGCCUCUGUGUAGCUGUUACACGUGCCACCGGCGGUCAGGCCAGGUCCCCA